GAUGGAGUUAGCACCAAGGACUUCUGGUCAGCCCCCGGACGGCGGGCCAGGCACUGGACGGUGCAGCAGCAAAGCUGCCCGCGCGUCCAGGGAGCCGCAGCGGGAAUUGGGGUCCGGGUGGGAAGCAGACGCGGAACCGGGGAGAAGCGCUAGCGCAGAGGGAGAGUCCAGAGAGUUUAAACCGAGAGGAAGGGGGCGCAGUGUCUUGUACUGAGAGGAUCGCACCCCGCGCGUCCAGCGCGCUGUCCCGGAGCCACCAAGCCCGGAGCGCCCUCUCCGAGGGGGCGCAGUGGCUCUCGGCCCUGCGGCCCUCGCCACCUGCUCUCAGCAGCCUCAAGGAAGGGUCUUCGGCCAAGGACAGGAAUCUGCGGCCAUGGCCGAGGCCACAGAGCCAGACCGGGGCGCCGCGGGUCCCCAGGAGCCGCUGGAGGGCCCAGCGGUUCUGGCCGAGAGACCAGGCGAGCCAGGGGCCGCGGACCCGGAGGCGAAGGGGGAGAAAGCGAGCGAGGACCCCACGGGGACGCGGGGGGACGAAAGGGAGGGCGCAGCCGCGACGGCCGCGCCGAAGGAGGGAGAAGACGCGGGGCCAGACGCGGGGCGCGGGGGCGAGCUGGAGCCCAGCGCGGGCAGUGAGUCUGGGGGCGAGACGCCCGGCGUGAGCGGAGCGCAGGGGGAGGCGGAGGCCCCGGAGGGCGACAGCGCCCCCCAGGGAGGGGAGGAGGCGAGCAGCGCGGAACAGGAGGAGGAGGCGAGCCCCAGGCGCGACUCGCGGAGCGGGCCCCUGGGAGAGGCUCAGGGGGAGCCCGGGGAGCCCGCGGUCCCCAAGGCAGAGGAGGAGGCGGAGCGCGGGCCGGAGGAGCCGGGAAGCAGCGCCCCCGCGCCCGGGGCCAGCGAGGACCCCGAGGGGCCGCCGGGGGCCUGCAUGGAGGCGGAGGGGCUGGUGGGAGGGGCGCCCGGGGCCGAAGGGGAGCCGGGGGACCCAGGGGACGGCAGCCCUCAGCCUCAGGCAGAGUCGAUGGAGGCUGCGGCGGCGGAGAGCGGGGGCUGCAGCCGCGGGGAGCUCGCAGGGCAGCUCCAGGGUGCAGAGGUGGGAGCUGUGGAGGAACCUGGGGCCCCGGAGAUGGAGAAACCAGAGGAAGCGGCCCCCGGGGACUCGAGGGCAGACGCCGGCGAGGAUGGGGACCUGGAGGGCCCCCAGGAGGGGGAGGAGGAGGAGGAGGACCCCGAGAAGGAGAAGCGAGAGCGCAGCCCAGACGGGACGGGCCAGGAGGGUCCCCCUGACGGCAGCGCGGCCGGGGAGGCGGUGGCGCAGACCGGGGAGACCGGGGCUGCGGAGCUGAGCAACCACCUGGCGGAGGAGGACAGCGCCGAGGGCUCGGACGGGACCGCGGGCGAGAACGGCCGUGGGGAGGACGGCGAGGCCUCGGAGGAGGGGCUCCCGGGCCAGGACCACGACAUCACGCUCUUCGUGAAGGCCGGCUACGACGGCGAGAGCAUCGGGAACUGCCCGUUCUCCCAGCGCCUCUUCAUGAUUCUCUGGCUGAAGGGUGUUAUAUUUAAUGUAACAACAGUGGACCUGAAAAGGAAACCCGCGGACCUGCAGAACCUGGCUCCCGGGACCAACCCUCCUUUCAUGACUUUCGAUGGGGAGGUGAAGAUGGAUGUGAAUAAGAUCGAGGAGUUCCUGGAAGAGAAAUUGGCUCCCCCGAGGUACCCCAAGCUGGCGACCCAGCACCCCGAAUCUAACUCUGCAGGAAAUGACGUGUUUGCCAAAUUCUCAGCGUUUAUCAAAAACACCAAGAAGGACGCCAAUGAGAUUCACGAGAAGAACCUGCUGAAGGCCCUGAGGAAGCUGGACAACUACCUGAACAGCCCCCUGCCCGACGAGGUGGACGCCGGCAGCACGGAGGAGGUGGCGGUGUCGGGGCGCAAGUUCCUGGACGGGGACGAGCUCACGCUGGCGGACUGCAACCUCCUGCCCAAGCUGCACGUCAUUAAGAUCGUGGCCAAGAGGUACAGAGAUUUCGAGUUCCCCUCCGAAAUGACCGGCCUCUGGAGGUACUUGAACAACGCCUACGCCAGGGACGAGUUCACCAACACGUGCCCGGCGGACCGGGAGAUCGAGCGCGCCUACUCGGACGUGGCCAAGAGAAUGAAGUGACGCCGCCGCCGCCGCCGAGGGGCUCGGUGGGACCCCUCCGCUGCGUGCGGGCCGCGUUACGCACGCAAAGAGCGUGCUUCCUGUUUCCCCUCGACACGCGUGCUCGGCGAAAGGACGCUCGUGCUUCAACAACGCCUCCCCACAGGUGGACCCACUCCGCGCCGCGUGCCCGCCCGGGGCCCGCGAGCGGGCAGCUCCCUGGGGCGUCCGAGCAGCGCCAGCCGGGGCGGCCGCCCACGCCGACCGUCCAGCUCGUCCUUGCUGACGGUGCAGUUAGGGCGCGUGCCCUGCAGGUUUAAGUUUCCAAGCACAUUAGUUAGGGACCGCCCCCUCCUCUGAUUGGACGGCAGUGGUCUGUCUCCGGUAGUUCCGUAAUCGCCUUUCGCCUCUGGAACGGCACUUGCACUUUUUUCCGAAUGAAAACACGGUUUUUGUGAUCACAGAAUAAUAUGCGCCUAUGUUAACAGUUUAAGCCCAUGUCAGACCAGAGUGUCGAGAUGGAAGAAGAAAAAUCGCCUGAAAUCUCAGUGCUGUCCUUAACCGCUGCUGACGUCCUGGUGGGCCCUUCCAAACCCGAGUGUCUCACUCCUCCUCCCUCACACGGUUUCGUUCCCAGGCGGCAUUGCUCUGCUGUUCUUCUUUAAG